AUGCACUGGGUAGGUGCACAAGGACUUUCUCCUCGUUCCCAGAAGUGGGUCAUGCAGAGUAUUCCAUUCUUCAUUGCUUUUAUUGGCCUGGAGUUUGCUGUCAGCUGGGUUCAGAAGCGUAAGCUGUCAGGUCGGAUCAAUGAUGGCAUAAGUUCUCUUUCUUUAGGUAUCCUGUCUCGACUGCCAGAUGUUUUAUUCAGAAGUGUUGACUUAAUUAGUUAUAUCUACGUAUGGAAUAACUACAGACUCUUUGAACUGCCCUGGGACUCACCAUGGACGUGGUAUUUGACAUUCCUGGGAGUGGACUUUGCAUACUACUGCUUUCAUCGCAUAAGCCACGAGGUUAAUAUACUGUGGGCAGCGCACCAAAUACAUCAUAGUUCUGAAGAUUACAACUUGUUCACAGCCUUGAGACAAUCUGUACUGCAGAAAUACACCUCCUGGAUUUUCAACUUGCCCAUGGCUCUCUUCAUUCCCCCUUCAGUGUUUGCUGUUCAUCUACAGUUUAAUCUACUUUACCAGUUUUGGAUACAUACAGAGGUUAUCAGCAACCUUGGGCCUCUGGAGUGGAUUCUUAAUACUCCCAGUCAUCACAGAGUUCAUCAUGGUAGAAAUCCUUACUGCAUUGACAAAAAUUAUGGCGGCACACUCAUUAUCUGGGACAGGAUAUUUGGAACAUUUGAGGCAGAAGAUGCAGAAGUUGUAUAUGGCUUAACACAUCCAGUGAAUUCAUUUGAUCCCAUCAUGCUCCAGUUACGUCCCUUGGCUCAUAUUUGGAGCACGUUUUGGGCCACACCUGGAUUCUGCAAUAAGCUUUCUGUCAUAUUCAAAGGGCCAGGCUGGGGACCAGGCAAACCUAGACUUGGCCUUCCUGAGGAAAUCCCAGUGAUCACUGGAAAAGAAGUUCCCUUCAAUCCAAGUGUACCGGUUUAUUUUAAUUGCUAUGCAGUUGUACAUUUUGCCGUAAUAGUGGACUUGUAUACUGAACUUCUUGGUACUGUGACCAUGUUAUCACAGGGAACUGUUCUCCUGAGAAUUGGCUUUAUCAUUCUGUCCCUGACCUCUUUUGGACUACUUAUGGAGAACAGGCCCAAAGCAGGAAUUUCGGAAAUCAUCCGCUGUUUAGUCUUCAUAGGUGUGUACAAACUUGGCUACUUAAGGAGUCAGUUUUCUUACUUGGGCUAUGUUUAUGAGAUCUUGUUUUCCUGCUGCGCUGCAUUCUGGGGAAUCCAAAUAAUGAAGCAGAUCUCAUCAUCCAAAGAUAAACAUCACUGAAAGAACAGAUCUAACAUCGCUUUAAUUAUGGAAGCAGCACUUUGGAAUAGCCUUCUAAGUUCCUUGGAAUUAAUCAAACACGAAUCUUACUGAAUUGCAGUCAUUUCACUUAUGAUAGAAGAGGUUUGUGAUUUUGCAUGAACUCUUGAAAGAUUCAUUAGGAAGUGUAUUCAUUUUUAUUUGAUUAAAAAAAAUAUUUCAUUUCCCUCAAUUUAAAUAAAAUAUGGGUUAAUAACAUUUUUACUUUUAAAGGAUUACAGAGUCUUAGAAACCAUGUAAAACUAAUUGCAUUUUGCAAUGAUUUUGUUAGUAAUCAUAUGUGAAAAGUAUUUUUCACAAGAGAAAUAAUUAAAAUCAUAUUUGUUGUAACCUGGUAUAAAGUGACUGACUGUCUUCCUAUUGAGGCUAAACGUAAACAUAUGUGAAUGUCGUUUUUUCCGUAGUGAUUGAAUUACACUAGAAUCUCAAUGUCAUGCCCAAUUCAGUGUUCAUAACGUACAGCUACUCGAGGAUGAGUAGUCGAGGCAAGAAAAUUAUUAAAAACAGCAUGAUAAAAUAACUCAAACUAGUAUGAGUUGAAACAUCUUCAAUAAAAUUGGCUAAUGUAUGUGUUGUAUAAUACA